CACGAGAGAGGAGCGGAGGGAGCAAACAGCUGAGCGUCUCGCGCAAAUUUUAACCGCAGAGUGAUGGAAACCAUUGAGAUCUUUUUGUUCACCUUCCUCACCAGUCACUACUUCAGCAACGUCCUCAUAGUCUUGUGGCUUUACGUGUACGGGAUACCCACAGAUCUCAGCAACUAUGGAUUGCCUCAGUGUUGAAGUUGGGCCACCUGAUCCUGUUUGCGCCAGGACAACCGAGCAAAAUUAGAGUAAGAGAAGUCGUUAUGGACAGUUGUGCAAAUGGUGCAUUUCCUGCUCAGAGAACUGGUGUCAAAAGCAGAGUUUCAAUCUCAGGAUAUCACAUCUAUGUGCGCGUAAAGGACGCGGACACAACGGCUCCUCUAAACGCUGCUUGAAAUACCCCGCGCUAUGUUUUAGCAAUAAUGGGAGAACGCUGUAGUUAGAAUAGAGGGUGUGUUUAUGGGACCAUUUAGUUUCUGCCGGCUUUGAUGCAAGAGUGGCGGCCAGUUUUUAUUGCGCGCAUACCAAUUGUGCGCUGCUGCAGAUUAGCCGCUCCGUUACCACAGGCGAUCCACCGCAGCAGGACCUGCAAUCUUUGACAGCAACAGGCCUCAUCAACCACUGUGAAAAUCCCUUUUCAACUCCUGUUAUUGAACUUGCUCCACAAUCAAGAGAGUUUUAAAGCUGCACCCAACUGUGAGGCAGGAGCAAGCCAUGGCUUUACCAGAUAGUGGCAUAUCUGGAGAGGAGGUACCCUUCCCAGAGAUCAUAGAGCUCAAUGUUGGUGGGCAGGUGUACAUAACCCGCUAUUCUACCCUCACAAGUGUGCCAGACUCCCUGCUAUGGGAGAUGUUCAGUCGGAAGUCAGCCAAAGGACUGGCCAGGGACACCAAGGGGCGCUUCUUUGUGGACCGUGAUGGUUUUCUGUUUCGUUACAUCCUGGACUACAUGCGGGACCAGCAGCUGGUUCUUCCAGACCACUUCCCUGAGCGCGGGCGUCUGCAGAGGGAGGCCGAGUUCUUCAACCUGCCAGAGCUUGUCAAGCUGCUGGCGCCCAAAAUCAGCAAGCAGAACUCUCUUGGCGACGAGGGAUGCCAGAGUGACCCAGAGGACUCGUCACCUGGGAUUGACACGGCCCGCAACCUGGGCUCCCUGGGUGCUGCUGCUGCUGCCUGUGCCAGCUUGGUGCCAGGUGCCAUGGAUGGCAAACGCUCCGGGUUCAUCACCAUCGGCUACCGAGGCUCGUACACCUUGGGCCGUGACAGCCACACCGAUGCCAAAUUCCGCCGAGUGGCACGGAUCAUGGUGUGUGGGAAGACCUCUCUGGCCAAAGAGGUGUUUGGGGAGACACUGAACGAGAGCCGUGACCCCGAUCGCCCCCCUGAGCGCUACACGUCCCGCUACUAUCUCAAGUUCACCUUCCUUGAGCAGGCUUUUGACAAGCUGGCUGACGCAGGCUUCCACAUGGUGGCCUGUAAUUCCACAGGAACCUGCGCCUUUGCCCAUGAGCAGACGGACGACAAGAUCUGGACCAGCUACACUGAAUAUGUGUUCUACCGUGGCUCAUCACUGAUUUCCAAGGCGAUGCCCUCUGACCCCCCAGCUCUCACUGAAGUAGUGACCUCUCACCCUGACACUGCUCAUGCUGAAUCAGCCACAGCGGAGCCCAGCAGCACUGGCCGCACCCAAAGCCUUCCAGAAACCAGCAACAUCACAACACUGGACAUACGAAACCCGCUGCCCACAGACUGUCCUCCACCUCCAACACCUCCUCUUCCUCCCCCACCUCCUCUUGCUGCAGACAGCCCCGACCUCCCACCUCUUUCACCUUCAGUCCUGCCUCCUCCUCUGCCAUCCAAACCUUUUUCUACCUCCAGUCCUUCUCCCUCGACACCGCCUCCCGCUGAGAGCCCCCAGCGUCCCACCACUCUCAACCUAAAGACGCUGCCACGGCCCACCAUCAGGGAGAACGGCGGUCCCCCGCUGGGGUUAGAUGAGGAAGAGGAGGAGAAGAAGAUGCUGGAGGAGGAUCUGAAGAAAUGCAUCGAGGACUUUAAAAAGAUUCGCUUGCCCAGAGAGUUUCCGGAUCGCAAGAGGCACUGGCAAAGUGACUUGCUCAAGAAGUACAAUGCUUAG